AUGGAUUCAUCCAGCACAGGAGAGUCGGACACCACUGACCCGAUGCCCAUAGUGUCAGACGGUAGAGUGUCAUCCGAGCGAGAGGUAUACACUUCGGAUACCACCAGUACAGACGACGACGACUUCCAGCCGUUUGCACUGCCCGAUGCCGUUGUCGAGCCCGCUGAUGGCCCCGUUGCUGAGGAUUUGCCAUUUGUGGUGAUCCCUGCUCCCAUACCCCUUGCCAUGUAUCCUGUUAUCGAUAUGCCUCUGGACGUAGUCGCUGACGACGACGUCGAUUUGUUUGACGACGAGCCACUGGAGGAUGACGUUGAGGGCGAGGCCCUUAUAGCUGCCGAUGAUCACUUGCUUCCUGCAGAUGCUCCCGCUGAGGAAUCACCUGUUCACUCACCUGUCCCAGACUCCUUUGAGUCUGUGGCAUCUGCCCCAUCGCACGAGCAGGGCGCGCAGCACUACUCGCAUGAUACAGACCCCGAUAGGGCAUCAUCUGCUGCACCUGCCCCUGCCCCGAGUUUCGCGAUCGAUCAUGAUAUUAAUGAUGAUUCCGACCCUGUCUUCCCUCCUGGUUUCGAUCCAGACCAGGAGAUUGAGUUCAUACACCUUGAUCAACCCAUGGAGGACCCAGCUGAUCCCGUUGACCCUGCGUUUGCUGAUCCCGCGGAUUUCGAGAUGGAGUUUGACGAUCUGGAGCCUGCUGUGGCCCCCGAGCCAGUAGUUGCUCCAGACCCUGCACUCGAGCAUGAUCCUAUCCAUGCUGAUGUACCCGCUGUUGAUCCAUUGAUUGCUGAUGUACCUAUCGAUGAUCAUCCUAUUGUUGCUCCACUUCUGGAGGAUGACCAUGUUGUUGCUGAUGCUCAUAUUGAUGCACCACCAUUGUUAGAGGGUCCUGUUGCUGCUCCACUGGUAGUGGAUGAGCAUGUUGCUGAUUUCCCCGUUGAUCCUGUUGUUGUUGCUCCUUUUCCUGACCCUGUACCUUUAGAGCCUGAUCAUGCACUCUUUGUGACUCAUGUUGACCCUCAGUAUGCACACACCCGGAAUGGGUGGAUAGAGGAUGAUGAUGAUUUUCCACCUUUUGUGGUACCAGUUACACCUGUUUCAGCACCAGCUUCAGCUCCUUUUGAUGCACCCUUGUUCCCCACACACACUGCUGAUGCUCACCGCACAGACCUGCCUAUUACAUUUCUCCAAGACAUACCUCCACCACGUCCUGGGGAGGGGUCGUCUCAUCAGCCUUUUGGCCAUGCACCAUUCAUAUCUGGAGGAGAUCAGUUCAUACCUCCAAUGUCUCAACAUAUUGUUGUUCCCCCUUGUUGCACCGUUUACUGUGCCACCUUUUGCUCCAUCUAG